CGAGCCCGGCCUGGCCUGGCCUAGUCUAGUCUAGCCUAGCCCAGCCCAGCCCACUGCUGGCCUUCCGCCGUCAGGAACGGUCGCCGACCGUCGUCCCUCAGCGGCGGGGUCCGACCAAUAGCGAACCGGGCCGGUGCGGGGAGCCCGGAGCCCCCCAGGCAGGGAGGCCUUCUUCCCGGGGAGCAGGGCUGGAAGGGGCCGCGGUCAGCGCCUCGGCCUGCGGGCCGAUACGCUUCCCUUCGGGGUGUGUAUGAACAUCGUUAGUGGUCGUUCGGUGUCGAGGCUCCCGGUGAGGAGGAAUUAAAACACCGUAGGAUGAGGGUGCGCCUUCCGGAGAGGCCGGGUGGCUUUACGCUGAGGGGGACCCCGUCCCGGGUCACUUCUUGCCCCGGCGAAGCAGCAGCUGCUCGGGCUGGUUCCCCGCGGGCUCCUGCCUGGCCAUAGAACAGCCGGAGAUGGCUUUUCCAGCGCCUGUUUAUUGGUACUUCUGGGAAGUGCUUGCUGCAACGUGGGUUGUGCUUUUCUGUUCAUUGUAAGCUUACUUCCAGCGGCAGUUUAAAAUUGCAUCCUACAGUGUUUUUUAAAUGUAAAAUAAUCCCAGUCUUUCCUCACGGGCAGUAUUCUUAAGUCCUCCUGCAUAUUGUCAAAUUUCUUCCUCUUGCCUCUACUGCAACAAUUCUUUCUUGAGUUGGGAUGCUAAACCUUGUUGAUUUUUAAAUGUGUUAUCUCCUUUUUUUUUUUUUUUGCAAAUACUUCCUCUUUCUUCAAUUUCAGAAGUGACAGGCCAGCUCUUGUUGUUUCAGCUGUAGUUAAUGGCAGAGACGGUUUCUUUUUGUGGUAUCUGUGUGGGUCUUUACUCAGAUGCCUGUAACUUGCACAUAGUGACUUGCAAGCUUGAGAUGUCAAAAUAUAAUACUAAGUCAACAAGCCUGAUGUAGGAUAAAACUGGCUAGAGGUGUCUGAUUUUAAGGCUUUUCCCCCAAACCCAGGUAAGCUGGCAAGUAUGCAAAGCUGGCAGAUGCGGGCAUCUUACCUUGGGGGCCCUGCUUAAAGCCUAUCAGAAGCAACAGUAGAUACUGUCUGGCUCCUCAUGGCACUAGAGCUUUCAGUGUUGAACUGAUCCCAACCUCUCACGGAAGGACCUGCUGAUAAAGGACCUGGAUUGCUCUCUGGAUUUUCUUUUUGAAUUUUAGCAGACGUUCUCUGUGGUGGACAAUGAAAUCUCUCUGCUACCCGCUGAAAAUCAAUUCUGUGUAGGUGUGAUUAGAAUGAAACAGAAGAGCUGUUACUGGCUAAUGUCUGCUAUUGCCACCUGGAGAACUGUCUUGGAGCGCUGUCAGCAGCUCUGGCGAUCUGCUCAUCUACUCUCCUCAGCAGCUCUGCCAUCAGCAGUACAACAAAGAUGUUUGGCAUACUGAUUGAAUUUUGUUGAGCACAGACGGGACCAAAAAGAGACAAAACACUGUAUCGGCAUAGGGAUAGGAAUUUUUUUUUUCCCUUCCUCAGCAAAAUACAUACUUUGUGUAUGUGUGUGGUUUAAAAUACAGCUCCCAGGGACAGGCUUUAAUCUCUGGAUGGUGUUUUAAAAUGCUGUAGGAGCAGGAUAGAAGCUCUGAUGGAAGUGAAAGAGAGCAAAGCUGAGUAUGUGUUUCUGAAAGUCUCACCUUCCGUGACCCGCUCCCCCUUUUGUUGACUGCUUAAUAAUGCCAUAUUAAUCUUUGAGGAAAGAUGUUGUGAGGAUCCAUCUCUAAAUACUUGAGAAAGUGCAUACAUGUUUUGGAAACAGAAGAUUGUGUGAAUACAUCCACAGAGUGAAACUGAAGUAUAAUUUUGUAUCCUCAGGAUGAGUUUAACCAUAUUUCUGUUAGAGAGCCACAGUUUCAUGGAGGAGCCACUGAAAUAAAUUCUACCUUUCUGGGUGUGGUUCCAUGGUAACGUUAAUUUUUUUUUUAUUCCCCAUUUUUGCCUUUCAUGUAAACCUUUCUUGCUUCACAAAUACGUGAAACUGCUAUGUGUAUGCAUACAUACAUGUGUUCGUGACUUAGAGGGUGUUGUUUUUAACUCAAUGUACUGCUACUGUAAACGUGUGCAACUUAUUUUCAUAGCUUAAGGCAGCAGAGGAAUUUUUAAAGAGUUAGUGCUAUCUUAAAAGAAAAUUCUUGCAACCAUGUGAACUAGCAUUGUGUCCUGAAUGCAAUCGUAAACCGUGUGGUCUCUUUAACCUAGUCUGUAACAGACUAGGAAGAGAUCUAAUUUAUGGAUAGAUUCUUACUGCUACUUGCUACAAGGUGCUUACGGUUUUUCUCUGAAGAGACAAAUACCCCUGUCAGGGGUGGAUCUUAGGCUAGCCCGUUUGGAAGUGCCUGAGUGUUGCUGAUCCUCCGCAGUUUGAUGCACCCAGGAGAUGGGAGAUCUGCCGGUCCCAGUGUGUUGAGUUUACCCGUUUGCUGAAGUGCAGAUUUGCCUCCACUGCUGCUCUUUGAGUUAUUCCACUUACUAGAUCACACGAUUAUAUCACCGCAAUUUGAUAGUGCCGAAUGGUUGCACUGGGUCUUUUUUUUUUUUGGUAGAAAAAUCAUGUUUUCCUUUAUUUGGCAGAUAUUUGGCUUGUAAGUUCAUGAAGCUGACCAUUGUUUUCCUCACCUGUAACUGUGUGCUAAUUGUAAUUUUUUUAAACUUCUUUCCUCUGUGGACUUCAGCUUGCUCUGCAGUUGGAUGGAGAAGUAGCCUUGUUCAUAUAUUACCAUGGGUGACUGCUGCUUUUGUGUACUUUCCUAGCUGCUAAAACCACCAGGUUUUGGUGAUGGAGGCUUUGCUGGAAGGAAUGCAAAGAAAUGGGCAGGGGAGCGGUGGGUUCUUGACUUCCUGUGAGGCUGAGCUGCAGGAGCUGAUGAAGCAGAUCGACAUUAUGGUGGCUCACAAGAAAUCUGAAUGGGAAACACAGACACAGGCUUUAGAAGCUUGCCUGAGUGUUCGAGAGCAGGAACUUGCCUCUGCCAGGGCUGCUCUGCAGGAAAAAUCUAAGGAGGUUGGCAUGUUGCGUCACCAGGUAGAAGACAUUGAAAAAGCCAAACAGGACAUGGUUAAAGAAUAUGAACAACAGCUGAAGAAAUUUCAAGAGGAGUUGUCCAGGCUGAGGAGGAGCUAUGAGAAGCUGCAGAAGAAACAACUAAGAGAAGCUAGAGGAGAAGCUAACAAGAGACAAGGGGACGACCAGUUUGAAAUAAGCCGACUGACCAGGAAGCUGGAGGAGUUUCGUCAAAAAUCACUUGACUGGGAGAAGCAGCGCUUGCUUUACCAGCAGCAGGUGGCAUCACUGGAAGCACAGAGGAAGGCUUUGGCUGAACAGUCUGAGCUCAUUCAGCAGACUCAGCUUGCCAAUCGGAAGCAGAUUCUGGAGUCGGUGGAGCUGGCCAGCCGAUCAGAAAUCCAACACUUAACCAGCAAGCUGGAGAGGGCCAAUGAUGCUAUCUGUGCCAACGAGUUGGAGGUGGAGAGGCUUAACAUGAUUGUGGACGACCUGACACUAAACAAUCGGAUGAUCCUGGAAGAUCAGCAAAGAGUUCAGGAAGAAUUAAGGCAAUCCAAGAAAAUGUUAGAGGUGCUACAGGAUGAGAAGAUGGAACUCAGAGCCACCUUGCAGUCUCAGGAAUAUUUCAUUGACAGCUCCAAGCUGCACCAGGAACAGUUACAGAAAGAGCUGGCCAGGGUGACUGAAACUCUUCACACAAAAGAACUCCUCAACAGGGCCUUGGAAGAACAUUUGCAAGAGAAACAAUUGUCUUCUCCAGGGCUGGAGCUGGAGCAUAUACUACUGCAGCUGGAUGUUGCCCAGAAGAAGGAACAGCACUUACAGUCAGAGGUGACUCAUCUUGAGAACAGCCUGGUGUCUUCAAAUGCAAGGUGUGUACAGCUGAGUGAAGAGCUGGAUGAGAAUAUCAAAGAGCUGCAGUCAAUGGAAGAACACCAUACUGAGUCAAAGGCAGAGAUUAAAAAGCUGAAAGAGCAGCUCAUUCAAGCUGAACAAACUCACAGCAGUGAGAUAGAAGGGAUGAAAAGGGAAAUCUCCAGGUUGACACAAGAGUUACACCAGCGGGACAUCACAAUUGCAUCUGCAAGUGGCUCCACAUCAGACCUAGAACAGCGGCUGAGAACAGAGAUUGAAAGAGCAGAGAGGAAAGCGGUGGAGCACAGGGUAAUUCUGGUCCAGCUGGAAACCUUGAGGCUGGAAAACCGUCAUCUCUCAGAAAUGCUGGAAAAAACAGAGUGUGGUAUGCUAGAGGGAAAAGAUGUCACCCUAAGAGCACUCAGUGAAGACUAUGCUGUUGAACUAAAUAAAUUAAAAUCUGAGAACCAGCAAUUGCGGAAGGAUCUAGCAGAGACCAGAGCAAAACUGGAGCUCACUCGGCAGGUCUGCCAGGAUGAACCCGAGGGCACUGCUCAGCAGAUGCAAGAUGAAGAGCCUGAGGCCAGGGAUGUGCAGUACAGGACAACUUGGGAAGCACAGCACAAACAUGAUGAACAAGCAGAGAGAAUAUAUCACAAGCCUGAUGGGACUGUUCAGCAUCAUCAAGGGGCGCCCCAGAGAUGGGGGGCUGCUGAAAUAGGAACUGUGACCCCUGAGACGGGUGAGCUACCCACCCAGACCACCAAGAAGAACUGCAUGGAGUCACUUGCUUUGGGUGCCUUGCUGGGAAUGGAUUCUUUGCUCCAUGUGCUGGAUGGAAACAAAGAUUUUGCAGAUGAAGCAUCUAAGCAGUCCAUCUCAAAUCAUCAGAGAGAAUCUGUGCCUUUGUGCCCGCUGCCUACAGCUUCAGUUGGAUCGAUAGCUGCAAGAUACCUGGAAGAAGAAGAACUGAGAUCCCAGCACAUCCUGGAGUGCCUAAAUGCUCACAUUGAGGAACUGAAAAAAGAGAGUGAAAAGAUAGUGAGACAAUUUGGACACCAGGAGUAAUGUUUCUUACUGAAUUUGAAUGCCGGUUUAUUCACGGGGUUCCAAACUGUGACAGGGGAGGAGCCUAUAAACCAAUUGCCAUUGGAGCUUGAGUGAGAGGCUGUUUCUCCCACUUUGAGCUGAAUCAGCAGGAUGGAAAUUGAGGAAAGGAAACUCCUCCCUAACAUGUUUGAUCUGAUGGAGGGUGUUACACCACAAACAAUUUAGUCAGUUUGCUGUAGGUCAGAAAGCUGCAUCAGAGGUAUGUGUUUGUGCACUCGCUCACAAAGAAAUUAUGGUGUUUCUUAGAAGCGAACCAUUUGCUAGUUUUAAUGUAAAGUUUUUAAAGUAUAUUUUAUACAUGUAAAAGCAUUGAAAUAAAACAGAAUGGAAAAACA